GUAGACGUUAUAUUCCCCCUCUCUCCCCAUGCGGUUUAAAUAAGCGACCGUUGUCGGUCUCCUCCACUACUUCAAGAUUCCUCCCUCCCUCCCUCCCUCCCUCCGUUUCCUCACCCCAUACGAAACCCUAACUCCGGCGAAACCCUAGUUGCUGAUCUCCUUCUCCGGCGAUGUAGGGGACGCCGCCGCCCAUGGCUUCUUCCUCUGGCGAGAACCCCACGGAUGGACCCGUCCUCCUCCAUGGCGACCUCGACCUCUGGAUCAUCGAGGCGCGGCGCCUCCCCAACAUGGACUGGUUCUCCGACCACCUCCGCCGCUGCUUCGACCCGUGCAUCUCCCUCAUCCCCACCCCCAAACCCUCCUCCGAUCCCGGCGAUCCCGAAGGCGAUCGCGAUCGCCGCCAUGGGGCGAAGAUCAUCACCACCGACCCCUACGUCACCGUCUCCGUCGCCGGCGCCGUCGUCGCCCGCUCCCGCGUCAUCCCCAACUCCCAAGAACCUAAGUGGAACGAGCACCACCUCGUCCCCCUCGCCCACCGCGCCGCCUCCGUCAACUUCCACGUCAAGGACGACGACCUCCUCGGCGCCGAGCUCGUCGGCUCCGCGUCCGUCCCCGCCUCCCGCCUCCUCGCCGGCGCGAUCCGCGAGUGGCUCCCCCUCCGCCGCCCCAACGGGAAGCCGCCCAAGCGCGGGGCCGCGCUCCUCGUCGCCCUCUCCUUCGUCCCCGCAGAGGAAACCCCUCUCUACCGGAUCGGCAUCGCCGGGGACCCGGAGAGGCGCGGCGUGAGGGAGGCGUACUUCCCCCUGCGGAGCGGCGGGGCGGUGACGCUGUACCAGGACGCGCACGUCCGCGAAGGGGAGCUCCCGAAGAUCGAGCUCGAGGAUGGGCGCGUGUUCGAGCACGGCACUUGUUGGCAGGACAUGUGCCAGGCGAUCCUCGAGGCUCACCAUCUCAUCUACAUUGUCGGGUGGUCGGUGUACGCUAGGGUUAAGUUGGUGAGGGAGCCGACGCGGCCGCUCCCGCGCGUCGCCACGGAGCUCACGCUCGGCGAGCUCCUCAAGUACAAGUCCGAGGAGGGGGUUCGGGUGUUGCUGCUCGUGUGGGACGAUAAGACCUCUCAUGAUAAGCUGUUCAUCAAGACGGGGGGCGUGAUGCAAAGUCAUGACGAAGAAACUCGUAAGUUCUUCAAGCACUCUUCUGUCAUCUGCGUAUUAUCGCCACGUUAUCCCAGCAACAAGCUUAGUAUUGUCAAACAGAAGGUUGUGGGAACUCUCUAUACUCACCAUCAAAAGUGCUUGCUGGUUGACACUCAGGCUUCUGGAAAUGACCGUAAAAUUACAGCUUUCAUAGGAGGACUUGAUCUUUGUGAUGGCCGAUAUGAUACACCACAGCAUAGAAUUUUUCGUGAUCUUGAUACUGUAUUUUCAAGCGAUUUCCACAAUCCCACAUUUGCUGCAGAUCCUAAAGGGCCCAGAGAACCAUGGCAUGAUAUGCACUGCAGAAUUGAGGGUCCUGCUGUAUAUGAUAUCCUUACAAAUUUCGAGCAGCGAUGGCGAAAGGCAACAAGAUUGCGUGAGCGUUUUAAAAAAGCAUCUCAUUGGAAGGAUGAUGCUUUAUUAAAACUAGAGCGAAUUUCAUGGAUACUCAGCCCGUCCUCUACAAUUCCAAAUGAUCAUCCGAGUCUAUGGGUUUCCUCCCAAGAAGACCCUGAAACGUGGCAUGUUCAGGUUUUCAGAUCUAUAGACUCUGGAUCAGUGAAAGGAUUUCCCAAAAAUUCUCGAGAAGCUAUAGAAAAGAACCUUAUUUGUCAGAAGAACUUAAUAGUAGAGAAGAGCAUCCACACAGCAUACAUUAAGGCAAUCAGAUCUGCUCAGCACUUCAUAUAUAUUGAAAAUCAGUACUUUAUUGGCUCUUCAUAUGGUUGGCCAUCCUACAAGAAUGCUGGUGCUGAUAACCUGGUGCCGAUGGAAUUGGCCUUAAAAGUUGCAAGUAAGAUUAGAGCUGGUGAACAAUUUGCAGUGUAUGUAGUGAUACCACUGUGGCCUGAAGGAAUCCCAACUUCUUCCUCUGUGCAAGAGAUUCUUUUCUGGCAGGGUCAGACUAUGCAGAUGAUGUAUGAAGUUAUUGGGCAAGAGCUCAAAUCUAUGAAGCUUGAGAAUGCGCAUCCACAGGACUACCUGAACUUCUACUGUCUUGGUAACCGCGAAGAAUUGCCCAGUGAUAUUUCAGAGAACUAUGAUCAUCCUACAGAAAAUAGUCCUGUGGCCUUGGCCCGAAAAUACCGGCGUUUCAUGAUUUAUGUUCAUGCAAAGGGGAUGAUUGUAGAUGAUGAGUAUGUGAUCUUGGGAUCAGCCAAUAUUAAUCAAAGAUCUCUAGCUGGAACAAGAGAUACCGAAAUCGCUAUGGGCGCAUACCAACCCCAUUAUACAUGGGCCGAGAAGAAGAGGCAUCCACAUGGACAGAACCUGGAAUCUCGGUUCCGGUUUCUAUCACAGGCAAAUUCUCUUUGUCGAUAUGUUGUUACGUUAGCGAGGCCAAAUAGGCGCUGAUUGCUUUGCUCCUAUUAUAGAAUACCACUCUGAAGAGCAUUGUGAUUAAAUGAGAGGUACAGAGUUGAUCACUUUCAUCAUCAUAACUAGCAAGAAUAGCCAUCAUACUGAAUAUGCAAGAUUUCAAAUUCAGUGUCUAUGAGACAAUUUAUGAUAUUCUCUGGUUAUUUUCUUACGCCAAUCUUCGUAAUAUCAAUAUUUAAGCACCAUAAGGAAGUGAGUCAUUAUCUUUUUCUUUUUCAAUUAAUUUAUUGUAGUUAAAAGUAAUCUGGGAUGGGCUUCUUUUUAGCUAUGUUAUCAUUCAUAUGCAAACUCUUCUUUAUGGUUUUUAUAUUGGGACAAAUUGUGAAGGAAAAUCUAUCACAAAGUUCUUCCAACUAUGAAAUCCCUGAGGACCUUUUCUAACUAGAAGUAGAAGUUUUAAAUUAGAGCUACUUUUAAAGCCGAGAAACUCAUUUUCGCUUUCCCCCGUAGCCAAAAGCUCUAUACUGUUUUAGACAAAUGCCUGGCUUCCUUCUCUGGAAGUCAUUAAACUAAGCAAAUGCAUUUAACAUUUGUAUCGUCCUACUGUUUCUACUUACUCUAAAUGCAU